AUGGUUCGAAAGCUCAAUAUCGCAUGUGCAGAAAAGGCACACAUCCCUGCGAUCGCUGCGCACAAGCUCAUCGGUCCCUUAGAGACUCCGCGAGCAGAGCUGGUCGCUGCCUUUUGCCCUGCUGAGGCUGAAUCCGAAGUCGCAUGGUACACCCAACAUCUUGCGCCAUUCGGAGUAAAACUGUACAACGAUUAUGAUGAGAUGCUCAAGCAUCCAAAACUCCAGGCUGUCGUGGUAGCAACUGUGACGACUGUUCAUGCAGAGCAAGCCAUCAAGGCGAUCGAGGCGGACAAGCACGUGCUGUGCGAGAAGCCUUUGAGCACGAGCGUAGACAUUUCGGUGGUAGACGCCGCGAACAAAAGGCCCCACCUCAAAGUCAUGUGUGGAUUUUCCCGGCGAUUCGAUGCCUCCUACCGCGAUGCAUGGAACAGGAUGGACAAUGGAUUCAUAGGGCGAGCCUCUGUUCUCCGAUCCCAAACCUGUGACAAGCUCGAUCCUUCGGGAUUCUUUGUCGAGUACGCACAAUUCUCUGGCGGCAUCUUUGUCGACUGCAACAUCCACGAUAUCGAUCUCGCUCUAUGGUACUUUGGCCAAGAUAGUAUCGUCAAGAGCACUUAUGCAGUAGGGAUCACUGCCGUCCAGCCCGAGCUGCGCAAGUACAAAGACGUGGACAACGGUGUUGGUGUUGUCGAGUUCUGGGGAGGCCAAAUCGCAUACUUUUACAGCAGUAGGAUCAUGGCCGCUGGUCAGCAUGAUAUGACCGAGAUCAUUGGUACAGAGGGAAAGCUCACGGUCAAUGCCAAUCCAUUGGGAACUUUGGUCGAGAUCUCGGAGCCGACUGGUGUCAGAAGGGAGAUUCCGCCGCACUACUAUGGUCGUUUUGCCGAAGCUUUCGUCACGGAGGCCAAUGAGUUCACCGCCGCUUGCUUGGACAAUAGCAAGCUGCCGUUUAAGCUUAGCGGAGCUGUUCAGGCGGUGAAAAUUGGCUGUGCUCUGCAAGAAAGUCUGAACAGUGGCAAGAAGAUUGAGUUCGACGAGACUGGAAGACGUAUUGAGAAGGCUGCGCUAUAA